AAGCUUAAUGGCGCCCUUGUGCUCAGAUUAGCUAUUCCCUUUCCCUCCUCCCUCCCUCCCUCCCUCCUCUCCCCCCCCCAACCUUCUUCCUUCCUCAAGGGACAGAAGGAAGGAGGGGGGGGCCCAAGGCGAGCAGAAAGCAGCCGGCCGCCGCGGCGAGGGAAGCGCGCAGAACCAGCAGCGGCAGCAGAAUGCGCGAGGCGCCCACACCCCGGCCAGGCUGCUCGCGCCCCUGAGGAGCGGGGCGGCACACAGCGCGUGGUCCAUGCAAGCCCCGGCGGGACCUGCAGAGCCCAGGAGGCGCCCGCUAGGCAGAAGCGGCCGAGGCGGCGGGCUUUUCUCUUUCCGAGGACGGCGGCGGCGGCAGCAGCAGCAACAGCAGCAGCAGCAGGAAGAGGAGGAGGAGGAGAAGAAGGAUUAUUCUGCAAUGACUACAGCCAGAUACAGACCUACUUGGGACUUGGUGCUUGAUCCUCUUGUGUUGUGUAAACUCUGCCUUGGGGAGUAUCCUGUGGAGCAGAUGACAACAAUAGCACAAUGCCAAUGCAUCUUCUGUACACUGUGCCUGAAACAGUAUGUGGAGCUUUUGAUCAAGGAAGGCCUUGAAACAGCAAUUAGCUGUCCUGAUGCUGCUUGCCCAAAACGAGGGCAUUUACAAGAAAAUGAAAUUGAGUGUAUGGUUGCAUCAGAAAUAAUGCAGAGAUAUAAAAAACUACAAUUUGAAAGAGAAGUGCUUUUGGAUCCUUGUCGGACUUGGUGCCCCUCUUCUUCCUGCCAAGCAGUUUGCCAGCUUCAGGAAUCAGGACCUCAGAGCCCCCAGUUGGUGCAGUGCAAAGUCUGUGACAUAGAGUUUUGCUCAGCAUGCAAAUCUAACUGGCAUCCAGGACAAGGAUGCCAAGAUAAUAUGCCAGUCAGCUUCCUUCCAGGGGAAACAAGCUCUGUUUAUAAAAUGGAAGAAGAUGAUGCUCCAAUCAAGCGCUGCCCAAAAUGCAAAGUUUAUAUUGAAAGGGAUGAAGGCUGUGCCCAAAUGAUGUGUAAAAAUUGUAAGCAUGCCUUCUGCUGGUAUUGUCUGGAAUCACUUGAUGAUGACUUUCUCCUUAUACAUUAUGACAAAGGACCUUGCCGAAACAAGUUAGGUCAUUCUAGGGCAUCGGUUAUUUGGCACAGAACACAGGUCGUGGGGAUUUUUGCAGGAUUUGGCCUACUGUUACUAGUGGCAUCGCCCUUUCUUCUCCUCGCUACUCCGUUUGUCCUCUGCUGCAAAUGCAAGUGUAGUAAAGGAGACGAUGACCCUCUGCCUACUUAAGAGAGAAUGAAGAAGGGACCUACUCAUCAUCGCUGUCCGUUUCCUACCCCCCUACCCCUUUUGCACUUAAUCUUGUUAGCGUCUUGCCUUAUUCCACUUUGAGUGAGAAGCGAGGCACCAGAAUUCCAGGAACUAUUGAUACCAGAGUUCCCUAUCCACCAGUCAGAUUAUGAGUAACAGUUUAAGGACUGGCAGAAAACAAGCUGAACAUUGGAAGUGUGUGCAUCAAUGAUCUGAGUCAUUCCAUCUUCUUUGGGGGACAACAUUCUCUGGAACUGAGUGACAUUACCCAGAUGAAAAUCUUCCUAUAUCUAUUCACAUUAAACAGAGAGAAGUUCUUACCCUUGGCAUAGGUGGUUUUGGCAAGCCCAUUACCAAUUAUAUGUUCAUUUUAGAUGUGACUUCCAAUAUCUGUUUAUUAAAAUCAAUUUCUUAAUAUUUGCAAUUGGAAAACGUCUAAGCAUUCUUGUCUCAUCUCCACUGCCCAUCUUCCUCACACAAAGUAAUGGCAUCCAGAUAGGUGCCCCAGGCCUUAGAUUUUCAAGACUAAAAGGUGCCAUUUCUGCCCAUUAAUAUUUGAAAAUCUAUGUAGGUGGAUAUGUCCACAUUUUGGUUUUUUCUUUAAAUUUGCUUGAGGGUUGGGAGGGAAGAUUUCAAAGUUUUAUGGUUGAGUUAUAUGGCCCAGAACUGUUACAUAAUCAAAAUCUUUUAAACAUCAAGGUGAUAUUAAAUCCUUAAUUUAACAGAUCUCAGUUUAGAGGACUUCAGAUUUAACAGACAAAAGUUGGCACCAUGGCAGUUGAGGAAUAGCAGGGGAGAGGAGAAAAGGAGGGGGCUGAGAUGAUUGGGGACAGGCUGGCCAAUAGGAUAUGCCACUUUGGGAGAUGCCAAGAUGAAGAAGGUAGGGAUAUGCACCAUGCCCUGAUUGCCAGCCUUGUCCAACUGUGCCUUUUGUUUCCUACCGAGAUUUGUUUCUACCUAUUGUUUAUUACCUAUUUGCUACAUGUAAAUAGAGCUGCUCUAAUCUGGUAUCCUUUUACAUAUCUAGGAAAAAAUAUUUUGUAGAAGCCAAGCAUGUUCUAAAUUAUGGGAAGGUCUGAGGCUUAUGAUUUCUCUUUCGGCAAUAAGUGUUAACCUGAAGACAUAACAAUCACCGUCAUUCCCCACAUGGACUCUGCUUUGUGAACCAUGAAAGAAGCAGAACUGGUUUCCCUCUUUAAGGAAUCAGGCCAUUCCAUAACAGUUCAUCUUUCUUAGAGCCUGAGGGUUCAAGGCAUGAGUUGGAGGGGUAUAUGGAAAGUGUAGAUGUCCCCCCAUCUUUUCUAAUGUCCAGCAGGUACUGAUGAUCAGCCAGAGAGAGGGACACCUUAUGUCCUUUCAGCGCAAUUCAUUAAGCUGUGGCCUGGAUGUAGAAGGAUAAUAUAUAGAUGUAAUAGUCCCAUCUAAAUUCAAAAAGAUUCUGUUUUCUCCCUUCCAUAUUGCUUCAAUUAUUUAAAAAGUCUGCAGUGAUAAUACAUACUCUAAAAGCUGUUCAAAAAGUGUAUUUAAUUCAUUUAAAAAACUACUACUGUUUUGUGACGUAUAGUAUUGUGACAGCAAACAUUGUUUUUAAAUAUCCCUCUUUCCUUAUAUUUUGACUAAUAUUCUCUUCAUAUUCUGAAGGACCAUAAAAUGGACAUCUGGUUAUCUACAGUUGAUAACUCACUAUUGGUUAUUUUGUUUUGAGUGGAAACUGUAAAGUGUAGAUAUUAAAUUAGGAGAAAGUAUUAGCUCAAAAUGUUCUAUAAUCAACUGAAACACAGAAAUGAAAAAAUCUUUCAUGCAUAUGUAAGCCAACUGAAGAGAAAAUAUUUUGUGGCAUAAUAAGGACAUAACCAUUGGGCUGAGGGUUUGUACUUGUUAUCUAAUGCAAAUCUGACCACUUCUGUUCUCCCGUAACAGAAAAUUAAUCCAUUGGUUGCAUUACUUUAAACUUUUCUCUCUCUCUCUCUCUCUCUCUCUCUUUUUUUUUUUGCUAGUAACAAAAAUGAAAUCACUUCUCCUAGUUUUCCCAUUUAUCAAGUUUUAGAUGAUUAGCAGAGGUAAGGAGUGACAUUUGUCUCUGGCACCAAUGGAAAAACCUAACCAUAAUUGGCAUCCAAGAUACAGUCAUCCUUUCAAAAUAGUACCCUGUUUCCCCAAAAUAAGUCAUCCCCUGAUAAUAAGCCCAAUCGUGCUUUUGAGCGCAUGGCAAUAAGGCCAAGCACUUAUUUCAGGAUUCAAAAAAAUAUAAGACAGGGUCUUAUUUUCAGGGAAACACGAUAAUGGGAAUUGGAGAGAUGGAAUAUUCUUAUUGUGAUCCUAACUGGAAUCUUUGCAUCUCAUACACGUUCUUGACAUAAAUUAAAAAAGAAUUAUUUUAGGCAACCUAAGCAAACCAAGGAGUGGUAGGCAUUCAUUCCUACCUGCAGUGAGGCCAAACGAUGAAAUGUGUGUCAGGAUAUCACAGCACCAGCUCAUAAAGGCAAUUGCAACUAACUUUUCAGCCCUUGUCCCCACUCUGCCUGACGCCUGUGUAAAGAAACAAAAGGCAUUCGCAGUAGCUCCUCUUUGAAUCAUUUUGCAGGAAUGCCGGGGCCCUCCAAAGGUGAAGCAUGAGCAAAUUUAAGAGCCAUUGUAAAUUUGUGCAUAUGCAAAAUACCCUGCAAGCUAGUUUUACAAAGGAUUUGUCCUAGGAAAUCAGAGUGUAAUGGAAAUAGUGGCAUUAAGGGAUUUUUAGCCAUCAUGCUUGCUAAUACACUUCUGCAAAUGACAAAACUCAUCUUUUGUGUCUAAAGUCCCCUGCUGGUUCCUGCUUUGUUAGACAUGUAAUCCUGUCUUAUUGGAGUCCAAAAAUAUUAGGUCCAGGUAUGUGCCAUACAGUUGAAUCAUCCCUGCUCAUUGAACCAUGAUUUUUUUUAACCUUGUAUAGAGAAGCAUGGAAGAGUCCUGCAUAUCGAUAAAUGAUGUUGACUACAGUAAAAGAAAUACAUUUUGUUCCUGUAUUUGAAAUGUAACUACAUUUUGUGCCACUAACACUGUGAUGUAUAAAAGAGCUGUUGAAUGCCUUUGAAUGUUGUUUUGUACUUUGGAAUCAUAUCAAAGAGUUUUAUUUGUAAUUUCAAUAGAUAUUUUAAAUGAA